AUGUCUGAGUUCUCCUCUGAUGCUGCGGCGCCAUGGGCCACCACCGAGGGGUCCAGUGAAUCCUGGGCCGACUCUCCCUUUCCGGCCCUCGAGGACCAGCAACAAGCAAGCGCCACCACGGACUCGGGCGCCAAGAAAACUGCCCAAGCAGACAAGGAAGCCGGAGAGAACAAGGGCCUGGACAAGCUAGCCGCGGACCUGGGCGACGCCCUGGACACGGACAAGGAGAGCAAAUCUGCCGAGGCCGCGGAGACUGCCAAGGAUGCGCCACCGGCGGCUGCUCCGUCUUUCUCCAGCAAGCUCUUGAUCGAUGUCGAGGGCGUCGACCUUGACAUUCAGCGCUCAGACAAGUCCUCCCCACUCUACUCGGCACUCACCUUUGAAGAUGUCGGCAAGCAACCCGAUACCCUUCCCAUCCGCGAGCAGGUGUUGAUCAACUGUUAUGCCAAGGGCUUCAAGCAGCCCUCCAAGAUUCAGUCUGCAGCUCUCCCCAUCCUCCUGCGCAAUUCCCCGGAACUGGGUCGGCCCGAGAACCUCAUUUUCCAAUCACAGGCUGGUACUGGCAAGACAGCUGCAUUUUCCCUCAACCUUCUCACCCGCUGUGAUCCCAGCAUCAAACUGCCCCAGGCCAUCUACACAGCGCCAACCUUUUUACUGUGCCAACAAACACUCAAGACCAUUGAUGAAUUGGCCCAAGAUACGGGUGCGACCCGCCUAAACACUUUUAAUGGUACGACCGCACCCAACUUCACAAAGGGCAAGAUCACGCAGCAGAUCGUCGUGGGCACGCUGGGCCGUUUGGCCAACCAAGCUGUCGGUGCUCCUCGCAACCGACAAUUCGACUUCAAAAACAUCAAGUACUUUGUCAUCGACGAGGCUGACGACCUUCUGGCCAAACCUAAUAGUCGCGCUGACAUUGACAAAAUUAUGGGCAAACUUGACAAGAAUGUCCAGGUCAUCUUGCUCUCGGCCACUUUUGAGGAAGGCGUCAUGGAGUUUGCUCUCAAGACGGCGCCCGAACCGCGUGCCGUUAUUACUCUUCCCAUCAAGGAGGUUACUUUGGACAACGUCAAGCAGCUUUACAUCCAGUGCCGUAAUGACGAUGAAAAGUUCCGGGCUCUUUGCGAAAUUUACGAAGCCGUCAACGUUGGUCAGACGGUCAUCUUUGUCAAGGAACGUGGGGUGGCUUUUGACCUGGCAAAGCGCCUCAUGGCCGAGCGAUUCACCGUGGAGGUACUUGUUGGUGGAAAAGAUAUGAACAAGCAGCAGCAAGAUGCCGUGCUCACUCGCUUCCGUCGUGGCGAGAGCAAGGUCUUGAUUACCACUGAUAUCCUGGCUCGCGGUAUUGAUGUUCCCCAAGUGUCGCUUGUGGUCAACUUCAACCUGCCCGUAGAUAUGGAUGAGAAACAACAUCGCCUCUCCAUCAGUUUUGAAAAAUAUGCGCACCGCAUUGGGCGCGCGGGUCGCUUCGGCAAAAAGGGAACGGCCAUCACCAUGGUGCUGCCUCAGGAAGAGCAGCAAAUCAAACUGAUUGAGCAGCACUAUAGCCACCCCAUUGAACUCGUCAACGUCUUUUCUGAUGAGUUUGCGGAAGCCGCCAAAGACGCAGAGAAUUAA